AAAAUAACCCCCCCCUUUGACCCCAGAAUUUCCCUUCCUCUGCCUUCGACGCAUCCCGAGACACGUCGUGGCUUGUUGUUUUAGUUUGAUUUCCAGCUAGGCACAAAUAUUUUUUUGCAACAACUCCCACUCCGAAGUUGUCGGGAGUGGGCAGGUUCCUGGGUGCCUGGGACACAGGCAGCAAUUCAAAGGGUAGAGCUGGUAGCCCAUUAUCUGGGGGGGGGGUCCGUUGUGUCUUUUUGCAGAAUAAAACAAGCAAAUGUGAAAUAAACACAACAAGCAAACGUGAAAUGAUAAAUACGUAUAACGAAUUAUUUUGCCGCAGGCCGAAAAGGUGUCGGUCAGUUGGGGACAGUUGUGGUGCUGUUCCUGUUUUCCCCAGCCAGGUGAUGGCGGAGGUGUGAAUUGUCGUUGUGCCAGACCCAAAAUAGCAUUGUGACACUUUGGCACUGGCAAAGGGGCAGGCAGAUAAGACAGCUGCCCUUGAGAAGAAGGGGAAAGCCCAGGGUUUGCUGCGCAUGGUCUAUUGUUCUCCAGCAAGUGAGACCCCACUAAUUUGGAGAAGGGAGGGGCCACGUUAGGAAACCAGCUCCCCGCAAGCAGAAAAGUAGCACUUCAAGGAGAAAAGUGCCAGAUUUUCAAUGAGCCGGGAUGCUCGUCCUCCCCAUCUCCUUACUAUGGUUUUUCAGCAAGUGAUCCCCUAUUAAUUUGGAGAAGGGGGGGAUACACAUUAGAAAAUCAUCUCCCCGCAAGCAGAAAGGUAGCACUUCAAGGAGAAAAGCGCCUCUCCCUCUUUGCCAACGCCAAAUUUUUCAAUCCGCCGGGAAUGUUGGUCCUCGCCGUCUCCUUAAAUGACCCCUUUUUAAUUUUCCUCGCUUUGUUUUCUUCUUCUUCCUCCUCCUCUUUUCUGUUUUUCCAGCUCUUUUUCUUCACCCUGGGAUUCGCCCCAGCAUGUCUUUUGCAUGCCUCUGAGCACGCGCAGAGUUCAUGGCAGAUGUCGGGUUUUGAACCUCAAAGCGAAAAGCUCGGUUGGAGAAAACGUGACUUUUACUCUGAAUAAAUCUCGGACGGGGGAGAUUUGUUCAGAGUGUAUAUUCCUUUUUUAGCGAAGUCAAGAAAUGAGAAACGGGGACUUCCUGUUCUCACUCGCCCAGCCCUUCCCGGCGUUUUGCAUUCGCUGCAAAAAAAAAAAAUCACAAUCUGAGUUGUUGCUGCCCUUUCUCCACUGAAGGCCCACCGGUACGGGACAGCGAGUUCGAAAGGUGCUGAGGACCCACACACACACACCCCCGUUCGCCCAGGGCAGCUGGGUAUUGUGUCCCGUCCCCCCGUAGUUCAGCCGGGCAGGCAGCAGGCAGCGGGCAUCCAGGCGCAGGAGGCACCCCACGCUGGACAGUCGAUGCCGUGAUUCCCCGCCAUGGCGGAGGAGUGGGCCCCCCAGUUGGUGGACUACUUCGUGGUGGCUGGCCUGGUGGACACCUCCAAAUCGCUGGAGGAUGAGAACCAGGCCUCCCGUCCGGCCCGCCCGAGCGAGCCCAUUGUGGACGUGGCCGUUAUCGUCCGCUCGCAAGGCGAAGAGGUGCCCCACGGCUUCACUUGCAUCGAUCGGACCACCACGGGGCACCCAGUGGAGCUCAACACCAGCCUGCUGAACAACCCUCAGAUGUUCAUCUGCUACCGGCGGGGGCGGGAUAAACCCCCCAUUGUGGAACUGGGGGUGCAUUAUGGUGGGAAGGACCAGCCCAAACCGGGCUACAAAAUCAUCGACACGACGCCGUACAGCCACUCAGCGAACCUGGCCUCGGGUGCGCCUGGUCACCAGCACACUUUCCUGACGUACCGGAGGGCCAGCGAGGGGCAGACAUACAGCGCCUUGGGGAUCACGGACAUCUGCCUUAUCAUGCCCAGCAAAGCGGAGAGCACGCCGCACACUUUCUGCCGGGUGGACAGGAACCUGAACGCCGGGAUGUGGGGUCCAGCCCUCUAUAUCUGUUACAAGAUGGCACUCGCUAAAGGGAACACCCUGGUCUACGAAGCAGGUCUCCUCAGCCGCUACCCGGAGGAGGACAACGAGGUUUUCCCCCUCCCCGAAUCGGUGCCCGUCUUCUGCCUCCCCAUGGGGGCCACCAUCGAGAGCUGGCCGGCCGAGGCAAAGUACCAGCUUCCCAUCUUCUCCACCUUCGUGUUGACUGGUGCUUCAGGGGACAAGGUUUACGGGGCUGCCAUGCAGUUUUACGAGUCCUUUCCCCGGGAACGCCUCACCGAGCGGCAGUCCAUGUGCCUCAACCUCCUCACCGUGGUGGACCGGCGCCCCAUCACCAACAAGUCCGUGCAGACCCGGAAGAGCAUCUGCGUCCUGUCUCACUGGCCUUUCUUUGACGUCUUCCGCAAAUUCCUCACCUUCAUCUACCGCUACAGCAUCUCCGGACCCCACGUGUUGCCCCUCGAGGCGCAUAUUUCUCACUUCAUGCACAACGUCCCUUUCCCGUCUCCACAGAGACCUCGGAUCUUGGUCCAGAUGUCGCCCUACGACAAUCUGCUUCUUUGCCAACCUGUCUCGUCCCCGUUACCUCUCAGUGGGGCCAGCUUUCUCACCCUCCUUCAGACCCUGGGCCCCGAACACACCGUGGCCCUAAUGGUGGCCGUGUUGACGGAACAUAAGCUCCUCAUCCAUUCCCUACAGCCGGACGUCUUGACCAGCAUCGGAGAAGCGUUGGUCUCGAUGAUUUUUCCUCUGCGCUGGCAGUGCCCGUACAUCCCUCUCUGCCCGCUCACCCUGGCCGAUGUGCUGUGUGCCCCCGUUCCCUUCAUCGUGGGGGUCCACUCCAGUUACUUCGACAUCUACGACCUCCCGCGCGACGUCAUCUGCGUGGACCUGGACACCAAUACCAUCUUCCAGUGCGAAGAGCGGAAACUGUUGUCAUCACGCUCUCUACCCCGGAAGCUGUGUAAAGUGCUGCUGGCGUCGUUAAACUCGCACUACCAACAACUGGAUGAGAUGUACAACCGUCCUGUGGAGGAGGCCUCCUUGGAGUUCCUGCUGACCGACUACGACGUCAUUUACGGGCGCCGGAAACAGCUGGAACUGGACAUCCGAGGGGCGUUUCUACGAUUCAUGGCUUGUCUUCUGAAAGGCUAUCGUAGCUACCUCCGACCCAUCACCCAGGCCCCUUCGGAGAAAACCCGGGACUCCAGCAGUCUGUUUUUCCUGCAAGGCUUCCUGAAGUCCCGCGAGCGAGCCUACCAAAAAUUCUACGGGCAGCUUUUGCGCACGCAGCUCUUCACGCAGUUUAUAGAGGAAUGCUCUUUCGUCAGUGACCGCCACGCUUGCUUGGAGUUUUUCGAUUCUUGUGUCGACAAGGUGCAGGUGGAUUUAGAGAAAGCAGAGGAGACUCCGCUAAUUGAAUUGGACGACGUCCAGGGCAGCGAACACACCGUGUUUAUUAUGCCCCCGGAAGAGCCCACCGGGCCCAACGGCUUGGAGCUUCUGCCGAGUUACAAAUAUGACGGCUUCCCCAUGCUCCAGACCAAGCUGUUUCAGCGGCCUCAGGACCAGCUCAUGCCCCCGCUGUGCCAAGCCCGCACCAGCGCCCCCAGCAGCCCUGCCCCUCGCCGGACCCAGCAGGAAAUUAAAGUGGCCCAGAAAGUCGCGCAGAAAUAUUCCUCUGUGCCGGAUAUGUGGGCUAAGUGCCUGCUGGGUCACUGCUAUGCUUUGUGGUUUAUCACGCUGCCUGCCUACGUCCGAAUGGUGGCGCCGAAGGUACAAGCACUGCAUGUCGCAUACGAAGUGCUGAAACAGAUGGAGACCAAAGAGGUGGUCCUGCCGGACGAGGUGUGUUACCGUAUCCUGAUGCAGCUCUGCGGCCAGUACGGGCAACCAAUACUCUCCGUCCAAGUCAUGCUGGAAAUGAAACGGGCCGGGAUCGUCCCCAACACCAUUACCUACGGCUAUUACAACAAGGCCAUUUUGGAGUGCAAGUGGCCGUCCAGUAGCCAUGGUGGCCGUCUUCGCUGGGCCAAGCUCCGCAACGUUGUCCUGGGGGCCGCCCAGUUCCGACAGCCUCUGCGCCAACGUCAACACCAGCAGCAGGAGGUAGAGUUGCAGAGUUUCGGCCUUCCAACAGACAGCAAAGAAGCCAAAUUCCCCAAAUAUCAACCCCGCACCGGCUUGCAGCGGCAGACCACCUGGUCCGGGAGCAGCUUACGAGAGAAUCCACAACCUGCUUCCCUCGCAAAGAGCGGCAGCCUGACUUUUCCCAAACAGGAAACGCCGGCGGGCAUAAUCCCAGCCAGGAAAACGCUGGGUAGUCCCAGAGCUGAAAGCAAUAAUAUGCUGUCAACACUUCCUCCCUGGCUGCGCGGUGCACGGGACGGGCCCGGAAGUUCGGAGGGCAGCAGUCUUUCCGACAUCAGCAGUUUCUUGACGGACGAGAGCGACAGGUUAACACUGAGCAGCGUGGAGACCGGACAACCAGAGGGAGCUACUCCAGGGUCAGGCCAGGCUACUGAAAACCGUCGCCUGGGGAGUACCCCUCGCCGGAGUCUGACUGCUAAACUUCAGCAGUUUCUGUCCCCCAUUAAGCGACCGUCUCUGAAGCACGGUUCCAGCGGGGAGCUCUCACACGGGCGCGGCGGAUCCGAGCAGCGAGAAUACUCCUCUCGCCAGAGUCUGCUGGAGGGUCACUUACUGCUCCCCCCGGAACGUCCAAGAUCCACAGCCUCAGAGAGUUCGGCCUCUCUGGGUAGCGAGUACGAUCUCUCGGAUACGUCCGUCUGCAGUUUCAACCUCCGGAAAUCCAGUGAUCGGUUGUCGGAGCCUCCGGCAGUUGAGGUGCUUCUUUCCAGUUGUUCGCGAUGCCAAGCUUGCAAUUUGCUGGUGUACGACGAAGAGGUGAUGGCCGGGUGGAGUUCGGACGACUCCAACCUGAACACCACCUGCCCCUUUUGCGGACGUCUCUUUGUGCCCUUCCUCAGCAUCGAGAUUCAAGAUUUCCAGAUGGUUUCUCUCAGCAACGCUGAUGCUUCUGACACAAGUUCAGUGUCCUCCGACUGGCCCCGGGACAACGAAGCCCCCUUGCCAGGGAGCCAAGGCCCGGUGCUCAGCGAUCGGUCCCAGUGCCUCCUGCUGGACGAGGCAGAGACAGAUCCCCGGCGGAAAUCCAGGAACGGGUCCCUAUGCAACGGCUUCAGCGAACCCCCGGGGCCUCAGGGGCCUGCCAUCCACGUGGAACAGCUGGCGUUCGCCUACCUCAGCCCCCUGGUUCUGCGUAAGGAGCUGGAGACCCUCCUAGAGAACGAAGGAGCUGUGUUCUUAUCUCAGCCAGAGCUGGUGGACAACCAUCCCAUCAUCUACUGGAACCUGGUGUGGUAUUUCCAGCGGCUGGGCCUCUGCAGCGGCCUGCCUCAGUUGCUUCUGGCUUCCAAGCACGUCCAAAUGGCCUCCCAGGUGCCGACUCCGGAGGGCCCUUUCGUCAACGUACGCUUGCUCUGGGACGUGCUGAGUUCCGAUCCCGACAGCUUUCCCCCUCUCUACGUUCUAUGGAGGCUGCAUGGCCAGAUUCCCACACGGUUGCAGAAUUGGCGCAAGCAUAACCACCCAUUCUCGCUCUCCUUCCUGGAAGCCGUCAUUAACUAUCUUGGCCUGGGCGAGGUCCACAAAGCCAUCGUCCUCUUCAUAGAAAAAGUGGCAGGUUGUGCCAACCCUGGACUCUUACAGAGGAGCAUUUACCGUGAAUUUCUCUUUCUGAAAAUAGCCGCGCUGGGCAGAGAGCGAGUGGACAUCGCUGAAUUUGACAAGAAGUACAAGUCGGCCUUUUCGAAGCUGGCCAGCAGCAUGGGGAAGGAGCCCCUCAAGCAGCAGAGGGCCCAGCCUCUCACCACCAAGGCCAUCGAUUGCCGGAAGAGUUUUGGGGCCAACCUGGAGUGCUAGCAGAGGGGGCUGCUGUGGGGGGGCUGCCCCCCAACCCAUUCGUCUCUGCCUCUCCUCCUGCUGCUACUGCUGUGGCUGCUGCUUGGGACAAAGGAACCGAGGAUGAAACUGGAGCUGAUACCAAAUUUGGGGAGGGGGAGGCUGGGAGGGGGGCACAGCCAAGCUCCCUAGGCUGUUUCCAGCACCCCUUGGCCCUUUUGGGGGGGAUCGGGGGGGGCAGGAGACCCUUCCUCUUGGCCCUUGGAGCUGAGUUGCCUUCUUCCUCUGAAAAAAGUGAAAUAGACAGGAGGGGGCAUUCUCGGGCCAGCACUGCACUUUGCACAUGCCUAGAAGCUCAGACUCCCCCAUACACACACCCCUGCACCAAUUCUCUUUCUUCCUCCCCCCCCCCUCAAAUUUGGAUCUUCACCCCUGUAAAUGUCAAUUUUCGUGCACAGUGUCUGUUGCAGAACUGGGUGGGUGGGUGGUGGGCAUAGUUAAGCCCCACCCACCCAAUGAAGGACAAGGCUCUCUGGUCGUUCCCCCUACUCUCUCCCUUCCCCCCCACCCCUCCCAGUUCAUUGAGGGGGGUUCAUUGGGGAGGGGGCAGUUGCCCCUUCUGUCCGAGGUGGGCUUGCUUUGUGUUUUGUUUUUAGUAUUAUUUUUACCCAUCAGUGUUAUGGGGGGGGGAGGGAAACAAACUGAAAAGAAGCUAUUUUGUAAAUUUAUUUAUUACAGAGCCCCUCCCGCUGUUUUCCCUGUUCUCCCCCCCUCCCGUUUGUGGCACAUGCUUUAACUGUUUAAGGGCCCCCCAUUGUGGAAAAUGGGGUGUGUCGUAUUUCUGUUCGGAGAAAGGGUCCUGGGACACCCCCCCCCCACAGCGAGGAUUUCCCUCUCCCCACCUCAGGGCUCAGUCAGAGCAAUAUGGACCCUCCCCCCAGCCCCUCAUUGUGGUGUUUGUGUUAACUGUUUGAGUUGUGUUUUGUUUUUUUCCAAUGUUCCUCUCCUGUAAAUAAAAGAUGCCUGUGUAUUUUC